AUGGCUAUGGGGAUCGUCUUGCCUUCUUCAACGGCUGUAGGUUGGUCCGUGGGCAGCAGCGCCUUCGUCUGCGGCCAGAGGCCACAGCAGCUGCUCCUCGGCGCCAGAGUGCCGAGGGUGGCGCCGGCAACCACGAGGCCAAGGCCACGACGAGGAGGGAGAAUCGCAACGCUAGGCAUAAGCGCAUCCGGAAGAAGGUCCGUUCCCAUAACUUUAGCAAUGGGUAUGGAUUGGACUUCCCACUGUCAAAUGCUGUCAGUUGGCUAUGGCUUUGGAUGCAUGAGACAGGCAGACCCGAGUGUACUUGCUGCGCGGGAGAUUCUAGAAAAUGGUUGGCUCAGUAUGAUGAUGGAGAUGUAAAAAUGAAUCUAUAGAUUUUGGGUGCCUUGAGAAUGAGGGUGCAAUAACUAAGAAGCGUUUGACCUUUUUAUAUCAAUCUACUUCGCCUACUCAUCAUGUGAACAUAAGUGUGGACCAUGGAUUGGCUGACUUGUCUCAUUUAAGUAUUAAUACGGCGGAUUUGCACGGUUCCAAGGCCCAAUAUUUACUGCUGAGAUCUUUCUUUACGUACCUUCUUCAUCUUUAUUAAUAAAUAUUACUGACAUGUGUGCCCUGCUCCCGUUUUCUUUCUGUUCCUCUUCUUUUCAUCAAUUUUUUUUUGUUGAGAUAUUUUCAUAUGUGUAUUCAUUUUCUUGACAUAUAUUCAGUUGAGGUUUCAUCAUGUAUGUGAUCAGAUGGAGAGGAUUCCAUCAUUCACCAACAGGACACCAGGGAGGAGCUGAAUCCCACCUGGGCUGUUCCAAACAACCACACCUCAUGUUGUCAAUAGUUUGCCCAGAUACCCCAAAUCUGGUGGGCAAGAGGUCCUUCCAAUGGACAUUCUAGGGUUCAUACCCAUGUUUGUUCUCGUUUGACCAAUUUCCUUCUGCUGGAAACCUUGUGAGUUUCCCUCUCUGAGCUCUGUGACAUCUUUUUCUUUCCAUAUUUCCUGAAAUGGUUGUUCCUUUUUUUUUUAUAUCAUCACUGCCUUUGCAACCAGGUUGAGGGUACUCCGGAGAGGCCACGGAUGUCUGUGUUCCGUUCCAACAAGCAUCUAUGUGUACAAGUGAUUGAUGAUUCUAAGAUGCACACCCUGGCUUCAGCUUCAACCAUGCAGAAACCUGUCUCUGAGGAAUCCGAUUACUCAUGUGGACCCACAAUCGUAAGUGAUAUAUGAUUUCCUCUGGAAUAGUAAACACUUUUCAUUAAUAUCAUCUCUGGGCUUGUUAGUCCUCUUAAUGCUGAGAAAUGCCAAAUCUGCAUGAGUGCUUGUUAUUAAAAAAAAAAGCCAUAUUUUCCAGUUUCUGGCAGAAAAACUUACAUGGCACGAUGUGAUGAUUAGCAUGGAUGAUUAGAGGACCAUGAUUUAGCUCUGAAUCACCACUGCUCAUGUAAUUACUCAGCAUUGAACUUCGUCGUGAAUGCUGAUCCUAUUCAUAUCUGAUGCAUCAUCAUCUGCUUUGCUUUCUCGCACUUGUUCUAUGUUCGGGAGGUGUGAAUCCUUUUUAUGGGUAGCAGUUGACAGUGCAAAACAAUCAAGUGAGAGAAAGCAAUGAUUUGCGCUCAGUCAACCAGGAGAGAUCACGUUGCCGAUGUAGAGCUCAUCUUAGAUACUCGGCUCUCUUCUGCCCCUGACUCCCUUCUUAGUCAACCAACAAUGCUUACGUUGACUUUUAAGGCAUCUAGACAGUCUUAAAAUAUUAGUCAAACUGGCAGAUUCUUAUGAUUUGGUGUGGCCUCAGAGGGAGGCCGUUGACUAAAUCUGUCAUCUACAUGAUGAACUCUCUCCACGUUUUCCUAUCACACACCGUAAUUCACUGCUUUGCUGCCUUUCCGCUCGUACCAGGAAGUGGCGAGGAAGGUGGGUGAAGCCAUCGCAAAGUCUUGCUUGGAGAAGGGAAUCACAAAGGUCGCCUUUGACCGCGGCGGGUACCCGUAA